AUGCGAUGUACCGUGCCUGGAAGUGAGGCACAUGUUCGCCAGCAGAGCCCGGCGGCUCUUCCGAGCACCGCCCUUGUACAGCUCUAUUCAUCAUUGCAGACAGACGUUGACAACGGUCGUCAGGAAAAGAUGUUCCUUCAGCUCAGUACGAGUCUUCUCCUCCUAGCUGCCUUGGCGCCUGCCCACGCAGUCGUCACACCAGGUACGAUGUCCGCCAUCACACCUGUAGAAAUAGUCGUCACACCAGGUUAUGAACCUGCACCACCAUGCCUGAUGGGUCAAGCCUGCCGACACACCUAUAGUCGCAGUUACAUGAACAACCAAGUCUUCUGUUGUCCUAAUGGACAGGGGAUGAGCGUAAACAGCAACGGGUUCACUACACACUGUACAUGUGGCAGCAACAGCUUCGUCUCCAACGCAAACUUCGUGAACGGUCAACAUAUGGGCAGAGUAAUGCGGCUCAAUAUGCAGAGAUUUCAGGCAGAGAUGGCCGCCUUUAACCGUCGAAUGGCACAACUUGGUCAGAACCUUGCCAACAUGUUCCGUGGCGGCUUCUGGUAGACGAGCAGGACAUAGGUAAUUCCGGUAUGGUCGAAUUUGAAGAAAAGACAUUUUCGUUGAAAGGACAUGCAUCCUCCAUAUAUCAUUAUGAUUACAUUCUUAUCUACAAUAGUAUACACAGGGAUUGUAUUUAAAUAUUGAACAGAACGAUAGCUUUUCGCAAACCAUAAACGAUUUAUUGAUUUAUAUAAUGAUUCUAUAAUUCAAUGUUUUUAAAAAACGAUAUAAAGUUGUCAAAGGGAAUGCAGCGAGUCUAGUCCGAGUUGAUGUUUCUGUUGGUGUCCCUGUUCAAAAAGGAUAAUGGCAAGUGUUAAAAUGUAGUGGCAGUUUCUGUGCUGUCUCCUAUUGUGAAACUUGAAGAGAACAAGUUAUUUACUAUCCAAUUUUAUCUGCCCAGUUAUACACAUCUAUUUUCUUACAUUUGUUUUGACAAUAAAACUUCCCCAGGGUUAAAAUAAAGGGCUCUAAAUGUAUUAGUGUAUGAGUAAGUGUAACAUUAUUAAGAUUCUCAUGACUCUCAGAGUUAUUCUGUCAGUAAACAUUGCUGUUGAUGCCUAUCAAUAAUAAUAUAUAUAAAACAUUACCCAUGAGAAACAAGUCCCUUCAAAAUGUCAAACUGUAUCUACGUAAGCUAUGUCUGUAUACCGGUAAUAAAGGUUUUCAAAGUGA